CAUAAAACACGGGCGAGAGCGAAUAGAACAGAGUAUCAAAGCCUCCAAUUCCAGGCUGUGCUCCUAUGUUGAAAGAGCAGCUUUCUUAAUGGAUCGUUCCAGAAGCCCAGAUCGUAAUGGCCAGUCAACAUUGCCAACUAACAACAUCAACCUUGGACCUUCUGCAAAUCCCAAUGCCAAGCCAACAGAUUUUGACUUCCUAAAGAUAAUUGGCAAAGGUAGCUUUGGAAAAGUCCUUCUGGCAAAACACAAGUCUGAUGGACGGUUCUAUGCUGUGAAAGUUCUGCAGAAGAAAUCUAUUAUCAAGAAAGAAGAGCAAAAUCACAUCAUGGCUGAACGCAAUGUGCUGCUGAAGAAUGUGAAACACCCCUUCCUGGUGGGGCUCCAUUAUUCCUUCCAGACAAAAGAGAAGCUCUACUUUGUACUGGACUAUGUAAAUGGAGGAGAGCUGUUCUUCCACUUGCAAAGAGAGCGUUGCUUCCGUGAACCUCGAGCACGUUUCUAUGCGGCUGAAAUGGCCAGUGCAGUGGGGUACCUCCAUUCAUUGAACAUUAUCUACAGGGACUUAAAACCUGAAAAUAUCCUCUUGGACUGUCAGGGUCAUAUUGUACUAACAGAUUUUGGACUCUGUAAAGAAGGAAUGGAGCCAGAGGAAACAACAUCUACAUUCUGUGGCACCCCAGAGUAUUUGGCUCCAGAAGUGCUGAAGAAAGAGCCCUAUGACAGAACAGUGGACUGGUGGUGUCUUGGAGCAGUUCUCUAUGAAAUGCUGUUUGGCUUGCCUCCCUUUUACAGCCGAGAUGUGUCUCAGAUGUACGACAACAUUCUGUAUAAGCCACUGCAGAUUCAAGGAACCAAGACCAUGGCAGCUUGUGACAUCCUGCAAGGACUUCUCCAUAAAGACCAGAAGCAGAGGCUUGGAGCCAAAACUGACUUUCUUGAAAUAAAGAACCAUGUGUUCUUCAGCCCCAUAAACUGGGAUGACUUGUAUCAUAAGAGAAUCACUCCUCCAUUCGAUCCCAACGUGGCCGGCCCUGCUGAUCUACGGCAUUUCGACCCAGCGUUCACUCAGGAAGCUGUCUCCAGCUCCAUCAUCCGCUCCCCUGACUUUGCAGCCAGCAGUUCCAGCACCACAGAUGCUUUCCUGGGUUUUUCUUAUGCACCAAAUGAUGAAAGUUAAUGCUGGCAAGGCUCGGUCUCUCCCCGCCCCUGCCUUUUAUAGCUUGAUUUCAUUUCACUGGAAAGACAGCCGCAACAGUCCAACUAACUCUCUUACUGGAACAGAACCAGUUCAGUUUUGAACUGUAGGAAACAUCACAAUAUGAAUGUUCCUCUAGCAGAGGAAAAACUGAUUAUUCUAGUUAGACCUUUAAUUACACAGUUGUGCCAAAAUUAAGUCACCUGGGAAUGCAGGAUAACCUUGGCUUGUCCUGGGCCUAUUAAGGGGGACCCGAGGUAUGCUAGUUAUUCUGGCCUCAGUCACUGCAAGUUUCUUACCCACAAGUUCAGA